CAGUGUGUACAGCGCUAGGAUUGUGGUCGGACACGUUUAGUGAGGCUUGAUUUCGUUUGUAAGGAUGGCAUUUGCGACAUUGAGCAGCAGUUAAACGAGGCUCCUAUUCCGAGUGAAGUGGCAAAUGAUAGUAAUUGGAACAAUGCAGUUUUUACAGUAGAAUUUAGUGUAGCUAGUAAAUGUGUAUAAUUUAACUACACGUUCGACAUAUAAAUACCCUAUCUGACCUUUGAAAGGAAACACACGUUGGUUGAAACCGAUCCGUAACAAAACAUGAGACAGUGGCAAACUUUUGAUGGUUAACAAAAUGGAUACUUUUGGGUGGCAAGCGCAUGUCGUCCGCAAGGAUGCACGCAUGCGCUGGAGGGAUGCCAACAAAAUCCACCGGGAAAAGAGAAGUAGAGGAGGCAAAUAAUCAGGCGCACGCGCGUUUCACUGCGUCAACGCCUCGUAGUACCGGGAGGUGUGCGUCAAUUUUUGCAUCCCACCCCCCAUAUAUACGGGGAAGCGACAGCAUUGCAACUCAUUCGUUCCUGAACAGAAACGAGACGUCAACAUGCCUGAGCCAGCGAAGUCAGCGCCCAAGAAGGGCUCCAAGAAAGCCGUCUCCAAGACUGCUGCGAAGGGAGGUAAGAAGCGCAGGAAGUCAAGGAAAGAGAGCUAUGCCAUCUACGUGUACAAAGUACUGAAACAGGUCCACCCCGAUACCGGUAUAUCGUCCAAGGCCAUGGGAAUCAUGAAUUCCUUUGUUAACGACAUUUUCGAGCGUAUCGCCGGAGAGUCUUCCCGCUUGGCCCACUACAACAAGCGUUCAACUAUCACCUCCAGGGAGAUCCAGACCGCCGUCCGCCUGCUGCUUCCCGGUGAGCUGGCUAAGCACGCCGUGUCCGAAGGUACCAAGGCUGUGACGAAGUACACCAGCUCUAAGUAAACGGGUGCUAUAUGACACCACUGUACCCCAAAGGCUCUUUUAAGAGCCACCCACACAACUUUAAAAUGCCAAUUUCCAUUUGCGCCUUUCAAGGGUAUGACAGACCAGAAGCAACUUGCUAUGGUAUCUGCGAACAGAUAUUAGUUUCCUAGCUCUUGGUCAGUACAAAUGCAUUGCCAAAUC